GCACCAUCGGAGACGAAACCAAAGCAGCAAAAACACCUUCUCCGGUUAAUAAUCCAAUCAUCGCACGGAAACACCACGUCUCGUCUCUCCAUGUAGCAAAAGCAAUUGGUAGCAGAAGAAAGACGCCACGCAAAGCCCAGUCCGGCGUCGCCUCCUCCUCCUCCGGCGAUAGGGUUUCUCCCGAUGGAGCAGCCCUCCACCUCCUCGCCGGCGGCGCCGCCCCCGCGGCGGCCGCCGACGAAGGUCCGGCUGCGGCGCCAGAGGCUCGAGGUGCUCCUGCAGGAGCUCCGCCGCACGCUCGACGGGCUGGGCGACGCCGAUCUCGGCGCCUCGCUCUCCGACGUGGACGCCGGCUCCGAGGCGCCCGGGUACGGGGACAGCGAGGGCGGCGACGACGACGGUGACGGUGACUCGGCGGCUUCGAUGGCGAGCGAUUCCGACCGCGCCACGGACCAGGUGUUUGAUCUCCUUAAAUCUAGGUUUGAAUCACCAGAAUUUCUUCAGGAGUUCCAUGAAAUUCAAAAGUCUGUAUUUCAAAACGGGGCAGUUGAAUUGGAUAAAUCAUGGGAUGUGAUAAAGGCGGGAGAUGUGUGGGAAGAUGAUGACGACAAUGGAUAUGUUCUUGUUAAGCCAGAGGAUGCAGCUGAAGGGAUAGCUUUCUUUGUAGCCACAUACUUAUCGACACUUACAAAAACCAAGGAAUUAUCUCCUGAUCGACUUCAAAAAGCCCUUAAGAAGACAUUUUCAGCCGAGAAGAGAAAAGGCAAACUUCGGAAGGCAUGGGAUGGGACAAAAGUCAUUUAUAACGUAGCUUCAUGGGGUGCCACAGCUGUUGGUGCACAUUUUUCAUGGUAACAGCAUCUACAAUAACCAAGCAAUUCUAAAGGCAGCAGGCACAGCCAUUCAGAUGUCCUGGCGUGUGGUGUCCAAGUUCCUGUGAGUGAUGGGUGGUGGUGAUUGUUGUUACUGGCGUGCUACAUUUAUUUAGGUAAAGGAGUACCACAUUGGUUGGAAAAAUGUCUGAGUAGUUGAUAUACUGCCGAUUGAAGAAUUGAGGUCUAGAGUUUAGGUCUAUUUGGAUGCUUGAAGGAUUGAGGCUUAGCGUUUAUGUUUGUUGAUUGAAGGCUCGGAAGCCCAUUUAAAUAAAUUAUGUUGUUGCUCGAAUGUAAAUAGGCCAUUGAUUUGGCCGCGUGAAGCAACUGAAGCUCAGCAUAUGUAUCCCCAAAAUGUAAAUAUGACAUUCAUGUCAACAACAUUGCAUUGGUGCCAGAAUAAACUUUGUGAAUCACCUGCACCAAAUGAAUAUACCCACUUGUUUGGAUA